CUUCCUCAGCCAAACAAAUGGAGGACGGAUUGGAACAAGCCAGCUGCUACCCGAGAAAUCGAAUCCAGAUUGGAUCCAAAUAGCGUGUUCGCCUAGGAGGCCCCGGCCGACUUGUCCGAAACCGGCAUGAUGUAGAGCCAAAUCCAUUCAAUACAUUUCGCUUGCAUUCUUCAAGCAAUAUAUCCUAGGAGUGUCCUGCCACCAAUUCUUCCACAGAGUCGCCCUCGUGUUCGUAGUAGCAGUGAGUUAUUUGUGUUGAAUUUCGCCAGCGAAAUUUGAAUCGAUUUCCAAGGCGUUAGGAUCAAGUGAUCGAGUGCCAAACAUGUCGGUGGUGGAUUUGACCCGCACCUACAUCCAUGACUUAUGGGAGCUCAGGGACAAACGAAUGGAUGGUUAUCCACUCAUGUCCAGUCCAUGGCCUGCCAUAGGUCUAUGCUUCGGUUACAUCUGCAUCGUCAAGCUCAUUGGUCCGGCCAUAAUGAAGAACAGGGAACCGUUUCAGCUCAAGACUCCGAUGUUGCUCUACAACGGAUUCCAGGUGGUUUUCAGUCUAUUUGUGGUGUGUCUUGGCAUCCAAGCCGGGUGGUUCAACGGAUACAGCCUCAGGUGUCAACCUGUGGACUAUUCCAAUGAGCCCAAACCCGUCCUCAUGGCCUUUUCCACAUACUUGUACUUCUGCAUGAAAUUCGUCGAGUUCCUAGACACGAUCUUCUUCAUUCUCCGGAAAAAGGACUCCCAAGUAUCGUUUCUCCACGUGGCCCAUCACGCAAUUAUGGCCGUUUACAUGUGGCCCAUUGUUCGAUUCAUGCCUGGAGGCCAUGGAAGUUUGGCGGGGCUUUUGAAUUCAUUCGUGCAUAUCAUCAUGUACGGAUACUAUUUCAUGGCGGCUUUGGGUCCCCGGUUCAAGCGGUUCUUGUGGUGGAAGCGUUACUUAACCUGGCUUCAGAUGGUCCAAUUCUUCGUGAUAGCUAUUCAUAGUGUUCAGUUGUUAGUUGUGGAGGAUUGCGGUUAUCCAUGGGAAUACGCAUACGUCGUUUUGGCAUUGAUGGUGUUUUUCUUGACACAAUUCGCGAAUUUCUAUGUCCAAUCUUAUCUCUCGACCCCACGAGUGAAUGGAUCGGCCACGAUGAUCAAGGAAGAUUAGACAAGAGACAAAGAGACACAGAAGAAAAGCGAAGAAUGCAAUUGCAAUACGCCACGAUCCCCCCCUCCUCCCCCGAGAAUCGUUAGUGUGAUUUAAAUGGCCAACAGGCCUUAUUGCUAGGUUUGCUUUGACAAUUGCAAGUACAAUGAUUCAUGUUAUACUGUACACCGGUACAUUAUCGUGCCUAUCAUGGGUCACAUAACCAAGAACAACCUUGACUAGGACCAAUUCCAAUUAUUGUACAGUGCGUGUUAUUAGGCGUUGAUAUUUUUGCUCUCUUGGGACGUUUGGCAAAAACCCUAGCACAACUAUGCUCGCUUCAAUAAACUGCACUCCAUAGCGUUGAAAUAUGGUGAACCAGUGUCAGCUAUCUUUGAAAUAAUAACCCGCUGAAUUGCUGUGUU